AUCUCAUACGAAGCACAUCUAAAAUAAGAAAUAUCGUUGAAUAGAUUAUAUCUAUCAUUAUGAGCGAAAUAUACGAAACUCCGAAUGCGGUAAAUAUGACUUACCAGAAUGGUGAUCAAGAUUACGCUGAAUACGAUAUCGAGGAACAGAAUUACGUCAACUACGAGACAGAAAAUGUAAACGUCAACUACGAGACAGCGCCACAAAAUGUAAAUGUGGUUCGAGAUAAACCUGUCUCUUCAUCUCAUGACAAUAAUCAAGGUAGUAAAUAUGCUACAAAGAAACUCGUGCUUGGCAUAACUAUUGGAUUUACAAUAACAACGCUGUUGCUAUUGGUAUUAAAUGGAUUCGCUCUUGGAAAAAUUAUUCAGUUUGAAAAUCUUCAGAACACUAAUUCUGACGGUAAUAGAGUUGAACAGCAGACGGUAAAUCCGACCAUGGACAUUACGGUACCAACAAUCAAUUACACAAACGAGACUUCAUCAGAUAAGUGCAGCGACCUUUACAGCGGAUUCAAGUGGGAUAAUACUUGUUACUGGGCAGAAAUUAACAUUCCUUCGGACACAAAUUUGACCACGGCAAGACAAAUCUGCUCUGAAAGAAGAUCGAAAUUGAGCGACAUUUACAGCAAGGCACAUUAUGAUAUGGCAGUGUCUUAUUUGAGAUCAAAGAUUCCGGGAAAUCAAACGUACACACAGGCUUGGACGAACAUGAGACGAGGCUCGGAUGGACAAGCCAAACUAUCGGAUGGAACACAAGUCUCAUACCAAAAUAACGGGACCGAAGCAUCUCAAUGGGCGAUCGCAAAUGUAACCCAGUCUUAUGUAUAUAUCCUGGUAGACCGCAAUAUAACGAAAUCGGAUCAAGGAAUGGGAGCUGGUUGGUCUUCUACCAAUCUUCAGGGAGCUUUGUGUCAAACAUAGCAAACACCUUAAGUUGGUAUAUAACCCACCAUGCAUAUGGUUUACGACUAAUGGAUAGGUAGGGCUUGGAUUUGAGUGAAAACAUCAGAUAUAUCGAAUUAUUCCAAUUAAACCAAUCAGGAAAUUGAAUGUAACUUAGCCUAUGUGACAAACUAUUAUUUUUAUAUUAGGAACGGCAGAGAAUAAUGUAAAUUUGAGUCGUUUGACUCUAUACGUCACGAAAAUGACUAUUUUCUCAUGUUCUUUCAACAUUUGGCAAAUUGCUGAAUGACAUUAAACAGCAAUUAUUAAAAUUACUAUAAUGCUAUAAUGUAUGAAUCAAAAAUUCUGAUUGGAAAGAGAUUCUAAAAAUUCCAAUUACGAUAUUUUCACCAUUACAAUGCACAGUUUUUGAGCUAUUUAUUGCGUUUUUUUUUUCAAUUAUUAACGACCGCGAGAGAGAAUGACGUGUCUAAACGUACAAAUGCUGUAUCCUACUGAAGAUUGAAAAAUAAGUUCAACCAUCUAAAAACGGCUAUUCCUAGACCUACUAAUGAGUUAUCAACCAAUAUAUCAAUAAGAACUUCACUGGAGUCGCCAAAAAUCGCCACUCGGCGAACAAUAUACGGAUAUUUCCCGUGUAGGAGCAAUGUUUCCCAAAACCAUCAAUAUUUGUAGUGUGUGCUACAAGAAGUUCAAGUAGAAAUGAAAACUAGAAACUGAUUUCUGCCUUGAGUCAAUUUAUAUUCAAUACCUUACAAACAACUUGAGGUGAGAAUGAGGUUUGUUCAAUCGUGAAACGAAAAGCGAAAUUUGUUUAGUCGCCAUGAAUUGCUGAACAAUUGGACCAAAGUUCUGUUUUCCAACUAUGUAACAUUUUGGUUCACCUUAUCUUUACUUCUUUUUGCAUUAAAUAUUAUAUUGUAUUAGUCUUUACUCUUCGAUUAUUUUUAAGUAUAAUUUAUCAAUCUCGACCACUAAAAAUUGGUAAACAAAUGUUUUUUUGUCGUACUUUUGUAUGUAUGUCGUGAUCCAUCUAUUUGAAAACACAGUAUCUUUUUUAGGUCUUAUUUCCUUGUAUCAACUCAAUUAAUGCUCUGUGAACGAAUAUAUAUAUAUUGGUAGCAGUGCGCACUUACAAACUACUGGUGCAGUGGGGCCUACCCGUGUAUUUAGGGGAAUUGUCAAUGUCUGCAUCGUGUAUUCAGUCAGCAAGUGGCAAUUUCCUCAUUAUUGUGGCGUAUAACCAACUUUAACCUCGAGAUCUAUAUUCGGAAAGAUUUAGUCGCAUUUAUAGGGUUGCCAACUUUGCGUUAAACCAUUCCGGGACACUUUAACGUCUAGAAUUUGAAAAUUGAUGCAACAAGAGCUUGUGAAACACGAAGCACGUCAAACGCGUCGUGUUAUUUUCACAAACUGUAAAUAAUUUUAUCAUAAUCAAAGAAACUUGUGAAAUGUUGACUCUUUGACGC